AUGUCUGAUCGAUACACUCCCUUACAAAAGGAGGUUAUAUCAGGGCUUACUGCUGGUUCGGUAACCACCUUGAUAGUGCAUCCACUGGAUUUGUUUAAAGUACGAUUACAAUUACUAAUAACAUCGACUACAAAGAAAGGCUACCGGAAUUUAUGGAGUGAGAUAGUGGGGUCUGACUUGUCACUGACCAGGGAGCUCUAUCGAGGUUUGACUGUCAAUUUAGUUGGUAAUACAAUCGCCUGGGGGCUCUAUUUCGCUUCAUACCGAGUAGCAAAGGACUAUCUAAUAAAUUACAAUCACCGAAUAAGAAAUGACAAAGACCUGAGCUCAUGGAUGUACCUAUCGGCAAGUGCCUCUUCUGGGAUGUUGACGACUGUACUAACUAACCCACUAUGGGUAAUCAAGACCAGGAUGAUGUCAAAGGCAAACUCAGACCUCACAUCAAUGAAAGUACUGAGAGACCUCAUCAAAAAUGAUGGUGUUCAAGGAUUAUGGAAGGGAUUGGUACCAGCCCUAGUUGGCGUAUCACAAGGUGCACUGCAUUUCACAUGCUAUGAUACUUUAAAGCACAAGCUGGUACUAAAGAAUAGAGACUCCGAUGAAAUAACAAACCUUGAGACUAUCGCUGUAACAUCAGUUAGUAAAAUGCUCUCGACAUCAGCGGUAUAUCCAUUUCAACUCUUGAAAUCUAAUCUACAAAGCUUUCAAGCUUCUGAAAACGAUUUCAAGUUAUUGCCACUCUCUAAAAUGAUAUACAGUAGAAGUGGAUUGUUGGGUUUCUAUAAGGGUCUUUCGGCGAAUUUACUGCGAUCAGUACCUUCGACCUGCAUUACGUUUUGUAUAUACGAAAAUUUCAAGAGUUUCUUAUAG